CGGAAGCGCUCUCCGGCCCGGGAACGGCCGGCGUGUAGGUUGCCUCGGGUCUACCGCGCGCUCGCGCUCGUUCCCAGCUCCGGCGCCGCGCUGUGCGGCCGCGCGCUUGGUCGGCGGCCAUGUGUUCGCUGGCGGCCGGGAACGGCCAAGGCGCCGAGCUGGGCCCCGAGCCCCUGGAGCUGUCGGACAGCGGAGACGACGCCGGCUGGGAGGACGAGGACGCUGAGCCCGCGCACGGCCGGCAGCACACGCCCUGCCUGUUCUGUGACAGGUUGUUUGGGUCUGCUGAGGAAACGUUUGCACACUGUAAGUUGGAGCAUCAAUUUAAUAUUGAUAGUAUGGUCCACAAACAUGGACUUGAAUUUUAUGGAUACAUUAAGCUAAUAAAUUUUAUUAGACUUAAGAAUCCUACAGUUGAAUAUAUGAAUUCCAUUUACAAUCCUGUACCUUGGGAGAAAGAUGAGUACCUGAAGCCUGUGUUGGAAGAUGACCUUUUACUUCAGUUUGACGUAGAAGAUCUUUAUGAGCCGGUGUCUACUCCCUUCUCAUACCCCAACGGACUCAGAGACAAUACAUCUGUUGUUGAGAAGUUGAAGCACAUGGAGGCGCGGGCGCUGUCUGCCGAGGCAGCCCUGGCUCGAGCGCGUGAGGACCUGCAGAAGAUGAAACAAUUUGCUCAGGACUUUGUGAUGAACGUAGAUGUCAGAACUUGCUCCUCUACCACUGCCAUUGCAGACCUGCAGGAAGAUGAGGACGGCGUCUACUUCAGCUCCUACGGGCAUUAUGGGAUUCAUGAAGAAAUGCUAAAGGACAAAGUACGCACAGAAAGCUACAGAGAUUUCAUAUAUCAAAAUCCACACAUCUUCAAAGAUAAGGUUGUUCUGGAUGUUGGGUGUGGAACUGGAAUUCUCUCCAUGUUCGCUGCCAAAGCCGGGGCCAAGAAAGUGAUUGCAGUUGACCAGUCUGAAAUCCUGUAUCAGGCUAUGGAUAUCAUAAGACUAAAUAAACUUGAAGAUACCAUUAUACUAAUUAAAGGAAAGAUUGAAGAAGUGAGUCUUCCUGUAGAAAAGGUGGAUGUUAUUAUAUCAGAGUGGAUGGGCUAUUUUCUUCUUUUUGAGUCAAUGUUGGAUUCUGUCCUUUAUGCGAAGAGCAAAUACUUAGCAAAAGGAGGAUCAGUCUACCCUGACAUUUGCACUAUCAGCCUUGUGGCUGUGAGUGACAUGAGCAAGCAUGCAGAUAGAAUUGCCUUCUGGGAUGACGUCUAUGGCUUCAACAUGUCUUGCAUGAAAAAAGCAGUUAUUCCAGAAGCUGUUGUGGAAGUUGUAGAUCAUAAGACUCUUAUUUCCGACCCUUGUGGUAUCAAGCAUAUAGAUUGCCACACUACAUCUAUCUCAGACUUGGAGUUUUCUUCAGAUUUUACCCUGAGAACCACAAAGACAGCCAUGUGCACGGCACUUGCUGGCUACUUUGAUAUAUGUUUUGAGAAGAAUUGCCACAACAGGGUCGUGUUCUCUACCGGCCCCCAGAGCACCAAAACACACUGGAAGCAGACAGUGUUUCUGUUGGAAAAGCCAUUUCCAGUUAAAGCAGGUGAAGCCUUGAAAGGAAAGAUCACAGUUCACAAGAAUAAGAAGGAUCCUCGGUCCCUCAUUGUGACCCUGACCUUGAACACUUUAACUCAGACUUACAGUCUCCAGUGACCAUCAUAGUCUGCAGCUGCCACAAAGCCUGAAGCACAUCCAACUCUCCGUCUUUAAAGUGGGGUAGAGGGCUCAGUGGGAGGGGCAGACUCCACAGGGCUGUGGCACAGCUGGUCCUGGCCCUGCAGCUCCUGGGAAAGCUCAUGGAGGAUUGCGCCCUCCUCCUGCUUCUGCUCCUGGGGAUCCUAGUCACAGAAGCCUCUUGGCCAGAUUAGCUCAGUCUCUCUUCUACUAAAGUGAGAGUCCUUUUAAUUGGCUUACUUUUGGAACAGUAAUAGUCUUUUUUUUUUGUAAGUUUCUUACUAUAAAUUUUGUUUUUAAUAACAGCAGCACAAAGCAGUGUUCUAUUGUAGAUUUCCUUUCCGGAGGAACAGUUUUUAGUUACAUUCUUUGCUGUACUAUCAGGAUAUCUCAAGACUAGGGAGCCAGUGGACAGGACAAAGCGGCGGUUCCUGCAGACGCUGUUUGCAGAGGCUAACUGCGGUCCUUCCCACCCACCUGCAGCUCUCAGCUCUACCUCCUCAGUGUUCUCUGGCCACAGAGUAGCAUUGCGGGGACGUCCACCUUCCGUGUUUAGCCUAGGUGUGAUUGACUCUCCUCAGGAUGGGGUAGAUGUAUGCCUCUCUAAAAUGCUGCCUCUUUAGGCCAGGUCUCUGUGCCAAGGUCACAUAUGCAUCUGCUAAUACUAUAAAAUCAUGCUAUUCGGGUUGAAAGAAUGAAAAAUAUUCAAUAAAAUAUAUAACUAUUGAAAAAAUUGAAA